GAAGUUAAGAGUUUAAGCUUCAGUUUCCAUCACAAAACUCCUCUCUCAGAUUACUAGUUUCCGGAAAGAAAGAAAAAAAUGGCAGGAGCUUUGAUUGGGGAGGCUUUUCUCUCUGCUUCCAUCCAGGUGAUGUGCGAUAAGAUUGGUUCCGGCGAGUUCUUGGAUCUGUUUCGGGGGAAAAAGCUUGAUCGUUCGCUCAUGGAGAAGCUGAAGCUGACGUUGUUGACCCUUCAUGCAGUGGUCAAUGAUGCAGAGGAGAAGCAGAUUGUCAACCCUGCUGUGGGAAGCUGGCUCGACGAGCUGAAACAUGCUGUCUUUGAUGCGGAGGAUCUACUUGAUGAGAUCGAUGCUGAAGCUUUGCGCUCCAAGGUGGAAUCUGAAUAUCAAACUAAGAAAACCCAGGUGUGGAACUUCCUAUCUACCUCUCUUAAUCCUUUUUAUCAAGGCAUGAAUGGUAGGAUACAAGAGUUAUUCCAAAGGUUAGAACACCUCGCAAAAAAAAUUAAGCUCCUUGGUCUUAUAGGAGGUGUUAAGGGGAAAUAUCCUCAAAGAACUCCCACAACUUUCUUCGUUGAGCAUGAAUUUUGUCCUUAUGGUAGGGACGGAGAUAAAGACAAGUUGAAAACAAUGUUGCUAUCUGAUUAUGCAAGUAGCAGCCACGUAUCAGUAAUCCCCAUAGUGGGAAUGGGCGGGGUUGGUAAGACAACCCUUGCUCAGGUCCUUUACAACGAUGAAAUAAUAAAAGAGCAUUUUGAUGUUACUGCUUGGGCAUGUGUUUCCGAAGAUUUUGAUGCUAUGAGGGUAACUAAAACCCUUAUUGAAUCAAUUAGCUCAAAACCUUGCAGUCUUCAAGAUAGCUUGCUUCAAGUUGAACUAAGUGAACAAGUGAGGGGGAAAAAGUUCCUAUUUGUGUUGGACGACCUUUGGAAUGACAACUACAGUGAUUGGGAUCUUGUACGGGCUCCUUUUACUUAUGGGGCGAGGGGAAGUAAGGUCAUUGUAACAACGAGAAACGAAAGUGUUGCAUCCCAAGUGCACACCGUGCCUAUUCACUUCUUGAAACAUCUGUCCAAUGAAGAUUGUUGGUUGUUACUCGCAAAACAUGCAUUUAGAAAUGAAAAUCCUAGUGUGCAUCCAGACUUGGAAGAAAUUGGUAAGCAAAUUGCACGCAAGUGCAAUGGUCUUCCUUUAGCUGCAAAAGCGCUUGGGGGUCUCUUAGGUUGUAAUGUGGAUUACGAGGAAUGGAGUCACAUAUUGAACAGCAAUCUUUGGGAGAUAUUGCACAAUAAAGGUGUUCUUCCAUCAUUAAGAUUGAGUUACCAUUAUCUCCCUAUUUAUUUGAAACAAUGCUUUGCUUAUUUCUCAAUUUUCCCAAAGGACUGUGAAUUUGAAAGGGAAAAUAUAAUUCAACUUUGGAUGGCACUGGGUUUAAUUCCACAAGUUGAGAAUGGUAAAGGAUUGGAAGAGUUCGGCAAGAGAAACUUUGAUGAACUAUUGUCACGAUCACUACUUCAAAGAUCAUUAACUGGGAAAUCAAGUUUCACAAUGCAUGAUCUCAUUAACGACUUGGCAAUGUCCGUGUCUGGAGAAUUUUGUUUUAGGUUGGAUGAGGGAAAGCCACAUGAUCCUAAACGAGUUCGACAUUUGUCAUAUAUGAGAGGAAGAUUUGAUACUGCUGCAAAGUUUAAGCCAUUGGACGAAAUUAAAUGUUUGCGCACUUUAUUUCCCAUGUCUUUAAGACCAUUAGACGAGUGGGAUGAGAACUAUGUAAGCAUUAAGGUUCUAGAGGACUUGUUACCAGUACUAAAAUGUUUAAGGGUGUUGUCACUGUCAGGAUAUAAAAAUAUCACUCAAAUACCUGAUAGCAUUGGUAAACACUUGCACUUGCGCUACAUUGAUUUCUCUUACACUGCUGUUAAAACGUUGCCAAAUACGAUGUGUGAUCUCUACAAUCUGCAAACUCUAUUAUUGUUAGGUUGCUCGUCUCUUGUUGAAUUGCCUGCAGACAUGAGGAAAUUGAUUAAUUUGCGUCAUCUUGAUAUUAGUGGAACUGGUAUAAGGCCCCGUUUGGGAUUGAGGUGAUUUUAAAAAAAGCCACUGUGAAAAAAAGCUGUGGGUCAUUUUUGUGUUUGGUAAACUGAAAAAAAAAGGCUUAUUUUGGAAGCUGCUGUGAGAAUAAGCUGA